UGAGCUUUGCGAGGCUGCGGCUCGGCCACCGGCUGGAGGGCGGUAGCCUCUGAAGCCAGAGCCUUCAAACCUGGGUCUCCCGGCGCUGAGCGGCGCCAAAAGCGGAGCCGGGCCGGGGAACUAGGCGCCCAGGGCUGUUUGCUCGUUUGCGGAAAGCGUUUCUCUGGACUCGGUUUAGGACGUAGUGGGGGUGGUGUGGCCGGCGUUGGGAGGUAUUCGAAAGAGAGCUUUCACCUGUGUUCCGAGGCAGCAACCGGGCGMGGAGGGAGCGGCGGCAGGCUCUCGCUCUAGGCACCAUGGGCUGUACGCUGAGCGCCGAGGACAAGGCGGCGGUGGAGCGGAGUAAGAUGAUCGACCGGAACCUCCGCGAGGAUGGCGAGAAGGCGGCGCGCGAGGUCAAGCUGCUGCUGCUCGGUGCUGGUGAAUCGGGGAAAAGUACAAUAGUGAAGCAGAUGAAAAUUAUCCAUGAAGCUGGGUACUCAGAGGAGGAAUGUAAGCAGUACAGAGCAGUGGUCUACAGUAACACCAUCCAGUCCAUCAUUGCCAUCAUUAGGGCCAUGGGGCGGUUGAAGAUAGACUUUGGUGACUCGGCUCGGGCGGAUGACGCCCGCCAACUCUUUGUGCUUGCUGGAGCUGCUGAAGAAGGCUUUAUGACUGUAGAACUUGCUGGAGUUAUAAAGAGAUUGUGGAAAGAUAGCGGUGUACAAGCCUGUUUCAACAGAUCCCGAGAGUACCAGCUUAAUGAUUCUGCAGCAUACUAUUUGAAUGAUUUGGACAGAAUAGCACAACCAAAUUAUAUCCCAACUCAGCAAGAUGUUCUCAGAACCAGAGUGAAAACUACAGGGAUUGUUGAAACCCAUUUUACUUUCAAAGAUCUUCAUUUUAAAAUGUUUGAUGUGGGAGGUCAGAGGUCUGAGCGGAAGAAAUGGAUCCACUGCUUCGAGGGAGUGACAGCCAUUAUCUUCUGUGUGGCCCUGAGUGACUAUGACCUGGUUYUAGCUGAAGAUGAAGAAAUGAAUCGAAUGCAUGAAAGCAUGAAAUUAUUCGACAGCAUAUGUAACAACAAGUGGUUUACAGAUACAUCCAUUAUACUGUUUCUAAACAAGAAGGAUCUCUUUGAAGAAAAAAUCAAAAAGAGCCCCCUCACUAUAUGCUAUCCAGAAUACACAGGAUCAAAUACAUAUGAAGAAGCAGCUGCAUAUAUUCAAUGUCAGUUUGAAGACCUCAAUAAAAGAAAGGACACAAAGGAAAUAUACACCCACUUCACAUGUGCCACAGAUACUAAGAACGUGCAGUUUGUUUUUGAUGCUGUAACAGAUGUCAUCAUAAAAAAUAAUCUAAAAGAUUGUGGUCUCUUCUAAGUUUUGCAGUUAAUAGUAAAAUGCAUUUUCAAACCAAAUGAGUACUUAUGUAUGGAUCUCUCUAGACUAGAGUCUUGCAGCAACACAGAAUGUAGUUAUACAGCAGAUGCAUCUGGGAUCUGACCAAAGUGGUUCUGUUUUGUUUCUUUAACCGAAAGUAACAGAAGGACCUUUCUUAAUUGUGAAAUAUGGUCCUGAAUGUGAAAAUGAAGGACAGUGUUAACGCUGGGCUCUAGUAUAUUGAUUUCUGUGUAAGUGUAAAUAUGCAAAUGUAUGUAUAAUGUAUUUAUAACUUUUAUUUCCCACAUUACUUUUAGGUUUAAGAGUGGCAACUUAUAAUUCUAGUGUGAUGGCUUUGGAAAUAACAUAAAUAUUAAGUACCUUGUACUGAAUGACAGACUUUUACUGUAUUUGCCAGUUUUAAAAAGCUUUAUUUAUGUUCAUGUCCUAUAAAUUUUUAGGUACAAUAAUUGAUAUUAGAAAAUGUCACAGCCCCUUAUCUUGAUUAUAUGUAUACUUGGAUUCAUAAAAAUGUUAUUUGUA